CGAUCAGGAGAAAGAGGGGAGGAUGGAUCGGUACGAGGUGGUGAGGGACAUCGGGUCCGGCAACUUCGGGGUGGCCAAGCUGGUGCGGGACGUCAGGACCAAGGAGCACUUCGCCGUCAAGUUCAUCGAGCGAGGCCACAAGUUCAGGGUGACAUCCAACGGCUCGGAGCGCGUGGUGGGUCGAUCCUAACGCUCGGAAGGCUGUGUCGUGCUUAAGUAGCAAACAAACCGGCGUCAAAUCUCAUAUCGGUCUUCUCACUGUGCUGAGAUUGAUGAACAUGUUCAAAGGGAGAUUAUGAACCACCGGUCACUGAAGCAUCCAAAUAUUAUUCGAUUCAAGGAGGUCGUGCUAACUCAGACACAUUUGGCAAUAGUUAUGGAAUAUGCCUCUGGCGGCGAGCUAUUUCAAAGGAUUUGCAACGCAGGGAGAUUUAGCGAGGAUGAGGGAAGAUUCUUCUUCCAACAAUUGAUUUCUGGAGUGAGCUAUUGUCACUCUAUGCAAGUAUGUCAUAGAGAUUUGAAACUAGAAAACACUCUAUUGGAUGGUAGUGUCGCACCUCGACUCAAGAUUUGUGACUUCGGUUACUCCAAGUCUUCUGUCUUGCACUCUCAACCGAAGUCAACUGUCGGCACGCCGGCAUACAUCGCCCCGGAGGUCCUCUCUAGAAGAGAGUAUGAUGGAAAGGUCGCCGAUGUUUGGUCUUGUGGAGUAACGCUCUAUGUGAUGCUUGUGGGGGCAUAUCCUUUCGAGGACCCUGAUGAGCCAAGGAACUUCCGCAAAACUAUCACCAGGAUACUCAGCGUACAGUACUCCGUUCCGGACUACGUUCGAGUCUCGAUGGAUUGCAUACAUCUGUUGUCCCGCAUCUUCGUUGGAAAUCCUCAGCAGCGAAUAACCAUCCCGGAGAUCAAGAACCAUCCAUGGUUCCUCAAGAGAUUGCCCGUUGAGAUGACCGAUGAGUACCAAAGGAGCAUGCAUCUGGCAGACAUGAACACGCCGUCACAGAGUCUGGAAGAAGCCAUGGCGAUCAUCCAGGAGGCGCAGAAACCUGGCGAUAACGCCCUAGGGAUUGCCGGGCAGGUUGCCUGCCUGGGGAGCAUGGAUCUAGACGACAUCGAUUUCGAUAUCGACGACAUUGAUGUUGAGAGCAGCGGGGAUUUCGUGUGCCCGUUGUGACGCUCAUGAGUGGUUCGAAAGUUCUCUUGAUGGUUUACGUGUGGAUGUGUUCCUGUUUGUCAUGCUUCCAUUUAGAUUUUGUUCUGGAUCACAAAUUCUCUGUAGCCCACAGAUUGGCCUUGCUGUGUAAACAGUGUAAGAUAAGUCUACAUGUUUUUUUUUGGAAAAGGAGAGGAUGACCCUCGGCCUCUGCAUUUGGGAACAAAUGCAUGCGGCCAUUUUAUUGAUUA